ACUACAACAUUACUUAGAAGCAAAAAAUAAGAUUUACCAGUUAAAGCUAUAACUUUUUCUUUUUGAUUUUGUGCUACGUUUUUUUGUGUGAACGUUCAACUUUCAAACAUCGUCUUCGAUAUCGUCCUUAUCAUUUAUAAGUAUGGCAUUCUGUAAUCCGAACGCAAAUGUUUUGCAAUUGUCCAGCGAUGAUACAAGUGACUCGGAUGACGAAUCAAAUUCCACUAAGGCAUACAUCGCCAAACUGAAAGUCCUUGAAUCGAAGGCGCUAGAACUAAGGAAGGAGAUCAACAAAUUAUUCGAAGAGAUGGCCGCCAGAAAGAAGGUCAAAAAUAACUCCAAAAAGAAGCGCAAUGAGAAAAAGAAGAGUAGCAGCAGCACCGACACUGGAACUGUCAGUGAGCGCGACAGCAGCAAAAAGAAGUCCAGCCAGUUGAUGAACUUUGAUUCGCAGGAGAAGGAUGCCACCGCCAAGCCCAUGUCAUACAAUGAGAAGCGACAGCUUUCGCUCGAAAUUCAUAAGCUGCCAGGGGACAAACUGGGACGUGUGCUGCACAUUAUACAAAAUAGGGAGCCAUCGCUGCGCGACUCAAAUCCGGAUGAGAUUGAGGUCGAUUUCGAGACACUAAAGCCAUCGACGCUGCGAGAGCUUGAAAGCUAUGUGGCGUCGUGUUUGCGCAAAAAAACACGUAAGUCAUAUUGCGAUGAUAUUGAGCCGCCACCACGCAAGAAGAAAUCACUUGAUUCAAAUGGAAGCAAUCAACAGCAACAGCAGCAGCAGCAGCCGACGGGUAACCGGCAACAGCAGCAACAAUUUGGUCUGCAACAACAGCAGAAACGGCAACAGCAACCGCAUCAGCAACAACAGUUGCAGCAUCAAGAUCAUUUGCAUUCGCAGCAACGUCAGCAGCAGCAAGAAAAACAUCUCCAGCAACAUCAGCAGCAGCAGCAAGAACAGCGACAGACUGGUAAAAUACAACAGCAAUGGCAACAGCAACGUCAGCACCAGCAGUUUUUGCAAGAACAUCGCCAAAAGCAGCUGCAGCAGCAACAGCAACAGCAACAACACCGACAGCAGCAGAAGAUGCUACCGCCACAGCAAUCGACUUUCGAUUUAAAGAUGCAUGCGGCUGGUAACGCUGGCUUUGCUCAGAACCUUAAGAUGGCCAGCCAGCCAAAUUUGAAGGAUGACCGCUCAUCGUCAUUGCUGGCAUCAUCAGAGAAUACGGCGACAACGUCGAGCAAAGCGAAACCGGCAAUGGACUCAGUCCAGCAAUCUCGCAACAAAGCCAAAGAACGCGAUCACCUCAAGUUGCUCGAGUCGGCUGAGAAGGUGAAGAAACACCAAAGGGAGGAGGGGGCCGAAAAGGAGCAGCAACGCAAGCGUCGCAAGUCUGUUGCCGCCAGCAGCAGCAGCAGCAACAGCGGCAUUGGCAAUGGGCCUGUCACAAGGAGCAAAACAACUCCAGGCAAAGGAUAUCAAGGCACCCGCAAUGGCCAGGCUCAACAUGCAGCCUCCGUGGCAGCAGAAAGCGGGCGGAAAUGCGUGAAUUAUUCACAGCCGCAAACAUCUCGACUGGCGGACAUCAAGGCAUCGUCCGGUCAGGAACAGGAUUCGCCACAGCAUCGCGUGUCUGCUAAGCGUGCGGUGCAGCGGCAAGCCGAGCAGGAGCGUCGUCGACGCGAAGCGAUGGCUCGCCAAGUUGACAUGAAUAUGCAGAGUGAUCUGAUGGCCUUCGGGGAGACUCUGUAGGGAGUGGCAAACACAUGAAAAAGAUUGCAUGAAAAAGAGCAUCAUCAGCAUCAUCACAAAAGAAAACUGACAGCAGCAGCAACAACAUCAACAGCAAGAGUCAACAACAUAAGAACAAAAAUAUUAUAAAAUAGAAGUAUCAGGAACAAGAAGGACAACAGUGUGUUGGCAAGAGAACAGUUUGUCCAAAAAGCAGAGUUCAGCAACAAAUGUAACAACAACAAUAUAUUUACACAGUAGACGCGCAAACAUUUCGAUUUGGAUAUAAAUAUAUAUUAACUAAUAUACAUGCGUACACAUACGUACAUAUAUAUUAAUAAACGACUUUAAUCAAAAAUUAAAAUAUGUAGAAUCAAUAAUAACAAGAAAAAGCAACAAUUAUGCAAACUAACCAACUAAAUAAAACUAAUAUCAAACAAAAAGAACAAAAACAAAAAAUGUCAAAAGAAAAACAAAUGCAAACAAU